GCAUUUUCUUGUUUCUUCAGCCAGCCUUCCCUAUUGAAGGUCUUGAGACGGAAACAUCUUUUGAGUAUUCGCAGCUGAGGUUUCCAUACUUGCUGUGGUUCUCUGGAUUUGUUCUUUUCUUGAAAUGGCAGGACUAGGAAACAGCUGUCGUGGGAUGAAGUCUCCACCACUCCUCAUGGCUGCCCUCGUGGCGUGCCUAAUUGUUUUGGGUUUCAAUUACUGGAUUGCAAGUUCUCGCAGCAUGGAUCUGCAGGGUCGAGUCUUGGAUCUGGAAGCCAAAGUCCGAAGGGCAGCAGCGGAGAGGGGUGCUGUGGAGCAAAAAAAGAAUGAGUUCCAAGGGGAGCUAGAGAAGCAACGACAGCAGAUUGACAAAAUCCAGUCCUUGCACAGCUUUCAGAUGGAAAAUGCCAACAGAGUACAUCAGGAAGAGAAGGCAGUGCUGAUGAAUAACAUAACAGUAAAUGAUCGAUUGAUUCAGAGUCUACGAGAACACUUGAAGGAGUUACAGAUGGAAUAUGGAAAGUUACAGCUUGAUGUUUACUGGUUUCAGAAGAACCAGACUAACCUUCAGAAGAAGUUCUCAUAUGACCUGUCACAGUGCAUCAACCAGAUGAAAGAAUUAAAAGAACAAUGUGAAGAGAGGAUAGAUGAGCUUACAAAAAAGAAUGGUGAUGCACCACAAAUCAAAGAAAGCAAAGACUUCACAGAAGAUAGCCAGGUCAAUACUCAACUGCCAGCCUUGAAGCAAACCGGGUUCAAGCAGGCUGACUUGGAACAGCAGAAAAACAGUGAAGAUGUUCCUAAAGCAGUACCUACAGUAACAAAGACAGAUCUGAUGCAGGCUAAAGAAAGAACAGAGAGCCUAACUGACAUCAGAAAACAGGAGCCUAAGGCAGAGGAGGAGCAGCUUUCUCGUCAGUUGGAAAAACCUCAAGAGUCACUUAAGGCUGCUGCAGGUCAUGAGGAGGUGCUGCCUGAGUCAGAGAAGGAGCCAAGUCAAGCUGAGGAUGAGAAACGUGUAGCUGGGCAAGAUAUGUUAGAGCCAGCAGCAGAGCAGGAUGCCAGUGAAAAAGUUGAGAGGGAACAGUUCCUAAACUAUGACGAUAAGCAGGACUUGCACCCUGGACAGGCUGACAAACAGGAACAUGAAGCAGUGAACCAGGACAAGGAUAUUGAUUACAAUUUAGAUGUGAAUGAAGCUGAAUCAGAAACAGACAAGCAAGCAGCACUUGCAGGGAUUGAAAAUGUUCAAAACCCUGAAGAUACAAAGAACCACUUACCUGAUCAUGGUGAAGGACGACAGAAAUCGUGAACAAAGGAAGUUCAUGAUGCAACUGAGUCACCUCUUCAUCCAAAUGCAGCAAUGAUCCAAGCAAAGUGAUCUCAGAAGGUUUUGAUUAUCUUCUAAAGGCAUGACUAAGAGCCCAAACAAAGUAGUAUUUUCUUGUGACAUUUUAGUACUGUUGCAGUGGGGAAAAGAGGUAAAUUUCUGGAGGCCUUUUUUCAAAUGAGUUUGACCUGUGCAAUGACUUUCUCCUUCCUAUCAAUUAUAAAAUUGUAAUAUGUAAUAAUAUAUAAUAAGGAAGCAAUAAAGGUAGUAACUUUUAAGUUUGCUAUCUUGUAUAGUCAUACUACAGUAUGUAGUAUGUGUGUGGAUUGGUGGUAGAUGAUGAGCAGUCCUCUGCCAAAGAUGGAUCUCUCCUCUGAGCAAUGCACAGCAGGGAAAGCCCCAGCUUAGUUUUAAGAAUUUAGGAAGGAGCUGUGUUACCAUAACAAAACACAGGAAGUAUGAAAACCAGGCCAUGCUGCAAUCUACUCUUGUGCCUGUUCUGGCACCUUUUUACUGCAACACAGACUGAGAAAGCACAACUGUAAUCCUCAGAGACUAUGCAGAAUGAUAUAUGUACCUGGGCCUCUAAAUUAAGUUCAUAGAUUAGCUUCAAAGUUUAAAAAAAAACCCAAAAAGGAUCCUGACAAUAGCAGCUUCUUGUUAAAGAGAUUAGCAAGGAUGAUUUUUCUGAAAGCUUUGUUGGAUUCCACAAGGUCAGUGCUACAGUUUGGUUUGGUUACCCCUACCUUGCACAAGUUUAGUGUAAAAAUUCAAAUUCAUAAACUUUUCAUGACAGAAGCCCUCUGAAAUGGUACUACAACUACCGUUCAUUCCACCCAGCCACUAUCUUCUGUGGAAACAGAGGCAUGCAAAUGCUUGCCUUGUACAACAGCAAACUCGGCUGUUCAACAUGGCUAAUCUCUCCUGGACUUCUGACAGAGGUAACCAUACAAUGCAUUUACAAGACAUGGCAGUGCCUUCCAAAGGUGAAGCUUUAGUUGUUGUGAAGUCCUAUGUUAAUCACAAUGUAUUAUCUUGUUAACGUUCUGCAGUCUUUUUCUUUUCUGUAAGUUGUUAAAUGUAAAUUAAAGACUAGUUUACUUGCUGUAAACUUAGAAAUAUCCUCUACUUAUCACUAAGGCACCUUUAACUGCAGUUCAACCACCAUGUAUAUCCAGCUGGUUUGAAGAAAUUUUUGUAUUUGUGUCUGAUCCCAUGACCGACACCCAUGUUUGGAGCGUUCUUUGUGAGUAUGAACCAACCUCUGUUGAGACAGCAUGGCAGCAAACAGCUGUGACUAAUUUGCCAACCAGCAUUCCAUAAAGAAAUCACAAAUUUGUCUUUGCUUUCUGUUAAAGCACUUCACUUUUUAA